CGGCCCGGGCCCGGUGCGGGAUGGGCCCUCGGGACCGGCUCUUCAAGGUGCUCGUGGUCGGGGACGCGGCCGUGGGCAAGACCUCGCUCGUGCGGCGGCUCGCGAGCGACAGCUUCAGCCGGCACUACAAGAGCACGGUGGGAGUGGACUUCGCGCUGAAGGUGGUGCAGUGGUCGGAGUCCGAGACCGUGCGGCUCCAGCUCUGGGACAUCGCAGGGCAGGAACGCUUCACGUCCAUGACCCGGCUGUACUACAGGGAGGCCUCUGCCUGUGUGAUCAUGUUCGAUGUCACCAACAUCAGCACGUUCAGCAACAGCCAGAAGUGGAAGCAGGAUUUGGACAGCAAGCUCCUGCUGCCCGAUGGGAGCCCCGUGCCCUGCCUGCUGCUGGCUAACAAAUGCGACCUCUCCCCAUGGGCAGUGACAAGAGAAGAAGUGGAUCGGUUCAGCAAGGAAAACGGCUUUUCUGGCUGGGUGGAGACGUCUGUGAAGGAGAACAAGAACAUCAAUGAGUCCAUGAGGGUCCUCAUUGAAAAGAUGAUGUCCUCAUCCGCUGGUGAUGGAAGUUCCUCUUCUGCUGGCAGCGGGGAUUAUAUUAACAUAAAAGAGCCAACCCCGCCUGGCUGGGCUUGCUGUUAGAGCCCUGACGGGGCCAUCUGCUUGGCUCUAGCAGCAACCUCCUCCUCUUGUUAUCACCAUCGUGUUUUCCUAACCUGGCUGUCACUGCUUUUGGGGGUAUUUCUGUUCCUCGCUCACGAGCUGCCUUGUGUUCAAUGCAAACUCCUCCUCAUCAGAGCAUCGCUGCAAUGACUUGGAGCAAGGAAAGAAGGGAGGAGUGAGAAGAUUCCCCUUGCUCUUGUGUAGUAGCAGCUGGGAGCUCUGCUGCUCGUAAAGGAGCACGGUCCGUGUUCAAGCAUGUGGCUUGGAUUGAUUUUAACUGAUUUGGAGCACUUCAUCCCCUGCCAUGGGCUGGCCUCGAGCAGGGCAAAGGAUGGCAAAGGUAUAUUUUUAAUACUGUUGCACCUUCUAUUCCCCACUGCCUGCACCCGCCAUACCCAAGGGCACCAGUCCCAAGUGCUGUGACCUUCAUUCCAUGCACAUGCUCUGUGCCUCUGGAUUCCCAGUGUGGGAUUGCAGCAAACUCUUUACUUUGUGCUUUGGAACUGCAGACCUCUGCUUACAUGUCCUGGAGGGACCAACACAGCUCUUCAUUGCCAGUAAGUGCCCUUAGGAUGGGAAGCCAGAUGUGGAUGAGCUGGUGUCCUGUGCAGCCAGACCUGUGAAAUCACUGGUGUGAUUUGACAAAUGGGGUAGCACAGCCCUUACUUUUGUACAUCCCAACUAUGGUGCUUUACAGCAGAGACCUCAGGCUUUCAUCAGGAAUCACCCAGUUGCCUCUGUUUGUCCUUUCUCACUCAGCCUCUGCCUAGCACAGUCCUUCUGCUGCCACUUUAUUAGGGCACGGAUAGUGGAAUGAGGAAUAGGUCGUAAACUCCUUUGUAUGACAGAACAUCCUUUUCCCUCAUAGCACACCCUGUAGCCUGCUAUCUCAAGUAGCUUUGCAACUGCUGAGGAAUUGCUUCCCCACAGCUGCUCUGUAGCCAGGGGUGGCUUUGGUGGCAGGGCUGAUGUGGGACAGGGAGCUCCCUGAAAGCCCUCCCACUGGGUUUACUGGUGCAAGGGGAGAGCAAAGGAGAAGACUUUGCAGGACAGGAAGGAAAUGAAGAGCACGUCCCCAGGUGCUCACUGGUGAGAGUGGUUCUGGGCAACAACACGAAUAAGUGGGUAAAAGCUCACUAGUUACCAUGUUUAAAUUGGCUUGUCCUGAUCCCUGCUAAGGGAGAGCUGUGUUUCUCUGUCAAAGUCUUCCUCUUGUCUCUCUUUGCUGACUUUCUGUCAUCUGUGGAGGGAGAAGGUGGUAAGAAGGUUGGUUGCCUUCACUGAGCACACUGAAAUGUGGGGUUUCACACUCUGGAGUUGGAAAGGAUUGAUUAGGAAAGAGUAAGGGCUGAGAAAUGGAGAACUGCUGCUGUAUUCCACUGUGUUCAUGUCUGUGCUAGGGUUCUGUCAUGUAAAUGGUGCCAAAUUUGGGGUUACAGGCACUUAAACUUACCCUUGUCUGUGCUGUUGUAGAAACGUGAAACGUGUAGAAGUGGUUAGUGACCAAAUGGAACUCUGGUUGAAUUUUACUUCCUAAAUAUUGUGUUAAAAAGAAAAAACUCUUU